UUAAACUUAAAAUAAAUAAGAUCUGCUUCUGGUUAUCAUUCAUCCCCCUUUGAGCUUCGACAAUGGCAGUAACUGCACUGACAACACUCCCCCAAUUCAAUGGGCUAAGACCCCAAAUCUCUGCAACUCCAGCCAGGACCCUGGCAACAGUUCAACCGGCGAGGCGCAAGGUAAAUGGUGCUUUAGGUGCUCGUUGCGGUUUCAUUGGAUCUCCCACAAAUCUGAUAAUGGUGACGAGUACUACACUGAUGUUGUUCGCCGGGAGGUUCGGGUUGGCUCCAUCGGCAAACCGGAAGGCCACCGCUGGACUGAAGCUCGAAGCAAGGGACUCGGGCUUGCAGACCGGCGACCCGGCUGGUUUUACUCUUGCAGACACGUUGGCUUGUGGCAGUGUUGGCCACAUUAUCGGCGUUGGGGUGGUGCUUGGGCUCAAGAACAUCGGUGCUCUUUAGAAACGAGAUUUAGGCAUCUGUUUUCAACAGUCAUGUUCUUAUGCCGUUUCUGUGUAUUUUCACAAUAAAAAGUGGUUUGUAGUUUUG